GCGUAGGAGUCGGAAACGCAGCCGAUAUCUGACCGUACAAAACAAAAGCAUGGCUUGCGCUGUAUGCCGGAGCCAAAAAAGGAGGUGCUCGCCUGACUGCAUUUUCGCGCCUUAUUUUCCUCCCAGCAACGAAUUUCAGUUCCAAACCGUGCGUAAAGUGUUCGGAUUCCGCAACGUCGGCAAGAUGAUCGGUGACCUCGGCCAAUUCCAGAGGGACGAAGCCAUGAAAUGUAUCAUUUACGAAGCAGAAACGCGUGCCCUUGACCCCGUCGGAGGCUCUUUUGCGAUUGUAAAUCAUCUCAAACAGUCCAUCCGGGAGACUGAGACCCAUCUCAUUCUCAUUCGACACCAACUAGCAGUGUGUCGAGCUCGGCAAUAUCAACCCCAAUUCUUUGAUUUCUUGCAAGAAGAUGUAAAUAUUGCGCAUGAUCAUCAUCAGGCCACGCACACUAAUUCUUUGUCUUUGCACCAAGAACCCCAUCAAGAACCACAACCAAUGGACGUUGAUGAUCUUUUGCAACAACCAUCUCAAGCCAAUGAUAUCGGCCAGUCGAGUCAAAGAAAUGAUCAGACCCUCCAGUUCAUGCCUCGAGAAAGACUCGACUUAAGUGAAGAAGCCAUGUACAAUGCUCUCGUGAAAGCGCGUGAGGACUGUGAUCCGUCCAGCCGCGUUUCUCAGCCUCGCAAGUUUUGA